CCUGCGAUGAGGGGCGUCUUGUCCAGGGUGUACACCGCCUUCUGCCUGAUUGUAGCAAAAAGGGAAUAAGCGGCAGAAAAUGGAUGGAUGGAAAAUAGAAAAAAAAAAUUGUGGACAAUUAAAAAAUAUCGUACCGAUUUGAUACUGACACUAGUUCCGAUAUCGGUGUUGUCGAUAGCUGGCUCGCCGUCACGCGGUCACGCCGGCUCCAGCCCUCGCGCGGGCGUCUCACUCAAGCCACGCGCUGCCCUGAGAGAACAUUCUGGUCUUCGCUCUCGGACACUUUCUAACCAAAAUGGAGAAAAAGAGCGAAAUUAACGGCCACGCCACGUCUGCUACCGCCGAGCGGCCCUCGGAGAAAGGAGCCCACAGGAGCGCGAAGGAGAUGGUGCUGGCGUUCCUGGGCAAGAACCUGCUGGUCCUCUUGACGGUUUCGGGGGUGGCGGUGGGCGUGGGGCUGGGCAUGCUGGUCCGCCACAUGGAGCUGACCAAGGCGCAGGUCACCUACUUCGCCUUUCCGGGCGAGAUGCUGCUCCGCAUGCUGAAGAUGAUCAUCCUGCCUCUGGUGGUCUGCAGCCUGGUGUCCGGCGCCGCCAGCCUGGACACGCGCUCCCUGGGCAAGCUAGGCGGCAUCGCGGUGGGCUACUUCCUGGGCACCACGCUCAUCGCUUCAGGCAUCGGCGUCGCCUUGGCGUUCAUCAUCAAGCCCGGCGUGGGCGCGGGCUCGCUCAACACCAACACGCUCGGUCUGGAGAGCAUCAGCAACGAUAAGGAGACCGCGGACUCCUUUCUGGACCUGGCCAGGAACUUAUUCCCGUCCAAUCUGGUGGCUGCUGCUUUCCGUUCUUAUGCCACCGGCUACAAGAUGGUUGCUUCAGGCAAUGACACCAAUGGCACUACCCUCUACCAAAAGGUGCCUGUUGGGACAGAAGCAGAUGGCAUGAAUAUCCUGGGUCUGGUGUUAUUUGCUAUGGUGUUCGGUGUGGCACUGAGGAAGCUUGGAGAUGAGGGCGAGGAACUUAUCCGUUUCUUCAAUGCCUUCAACGAGGCAACCAUGGUACUGGUGUCUUGGAUCAUGUGGUAUAUUCCCUUCGGCAUCAUGUUCCUGGUGGCCAGUAAGAUUGUGGAGAUGGACGAUGUGGUUUUAUUGGUCGCUAGCCUGGGAAAGUACAUCUUUGCUUCCAUUCUGGGCCAUAUCAUCCACGGCGGAAUCAUCCUGCCACUCAUAUACUUCGGCUUCACACGCAAGAACCCCUUCAGUUUCCUGUCUGGCCUCAUUACGCCCUUCACAACCGCCUUCGCCACCUGCUCCAGCUCAGCAACUCUUCCCUCCAUGAUAAAGUGUGUGGAGGAGAACAACGGCGUGGACAAACGCAUUAGCCGCUUCAUCUUGCCCAUUGGUGCCACAGUCAACAUGGAUGGAGCGGCCAUAUUCCAGUGCAUCGCUGCUGUCUUCAUCGCUCAACUCAACAACGUCGAGCUUGAUGCUGGACAGAUAUUCACUAUCCUGGUGACAGCCACCGCCUCCAGUGUUGGUGCAGCAGGCAUCCCAGCUGGUGGCAUCAUCACCAUUGCCAUCAUCCUGGAGGCCAUCGGCUUGCCGACCAAAGAUCUGUCCCUCAUGUUGGCUGUUGAUUGGAUUGUGGAUCGUACCACCACAGUGGUCAAUGUGGAAGGCGAUGCUCUGGGUGCCGGGAUCCUGCAUCAUAUCAACCAGCAGGAGGUGAAAAGGCAGCAGGAGGGGGAGGAAGGAGGUGAGCUGUCAGAAGUAAGGGUGGAAGCAGUGGCCAACAUCCAGGCAGAGGAGGAGACCUCACCUCUUGUCAGUCACCAAACCAAAACCCCGGAGGCUACACCGGAAGCCAUUGAGUCAAUCCUGUGAGCUUGUUUUUCUUUUGGAUUCAUUGCGUUGGUGUUGGAACACUGAUCUGACAGAUGAGUGAAACAAAUCAAGUCUGUCAGGAGCCUGUGAAUGCACACGUCACUGCCGGUUUUAUGGACUUAGUAGUAAAGUCAGAUUAGUGAGUUAAACAACUUUGCUUCAUGCGUUCACAUUAUGUAUAGACUGUCCCUCAAACAUUCCUGUCAAUGUGAAUUUGUUCAUCUUUAGACCAGAUAACAUUACAGACUUUAGAUAACAGCUUGGCACACAAAUGAUUGACGGUACGUGCCAUAUCUUUAUUAUGCCUGUGAUGCAUUCACUUGUUUGUGGUCAUCCGCUGAUGUUGACGAUGGUUUGCUUAUCCUCAUGUCAAACAUUAACCUGCUGGAAUGUGGAAAUUUGGCCCUUUUUUCCCAGUCCAACCUUACACCCUGCACCACGUUGACCCAUUUAGGACAGCUGGUUAUUGACAGUCGAGGAAAGGAAAACACCCUCUAAUACAAAUAUUAAUAAGUUCAAGCUAAUGAAAAUAUGUUUGAAAUGAAUACGUUUUUACAAUGUCCACACAUUGUAAUCGGCUAUAACCAAUUAUGUGUUAAAAUCCAAAAAGUGAUGAAAAUCUGCCAAACAUUUGAAAUGAAAGAAAAUGUCUGUUACCUCACUGAAAAUAUACAGCAACAAUCUUUUAUUUCCAAUUUCAAUUGGUUACCUUUCUGCUGGUGCUUGAAAAAAUAUAUAAAUAAUGUGAAUUUUGGGAAAUCAUGCCCCCUCUUAUGCAUAGUUUGUAUCAUUUAAAGGGAGCUAUACUUCUUUUUAGGAAUUUUGCCUAUCAUUACUUAUGUAAGACAAGAACACACAUGUUUUUCUGUAAUUGAAAGAGGUUCAUUAGGUCUUCAAAAAAAUUAUGCAAUUUGUUAUUCUUAUAGCCAGAACUGUUGUUUGAUUCUGAACCUCUAACUAUUGAUUAUUAUUAAUUAUUAUUGACAUCAAAAGUCCACUUAUAAUGUAGCCUAUAGGGGUUGUACUAUUCUGCCUAUCCAAACCUCCAUUAAAGUUUUAUUUACAUCCUGUAAGUAUGUAUGUAAUGUAGUAACAGGAACAUUUAUAAUAACAUGAAAUAUGUUUGUAUUUUGGACAUUUCAAGCAUUAAUUUUACAAACGCAUCACAACAUUCACUUUUUCCUUGGACAACAUCACUGAUUAUUAAUCACUGCAGACUUUAUGAGAGACAACAACAUAAUAAAACAUCACUUACCAUACACUGUCUGCUCUCAAUGGGAUGCCGACUGUCAGGAUGUAGAUAUGUUCCUAUUUAGAUGAAGAAUCAUUGCAAAGAAAAGAGGGGGUUUGAUCAAGCGUCUUUUCUUGUCUUUUUAACCAUCUCCAGGUUUAAAUUGGAUGCCAAUGUUGACCAACUUCUUAGAUUAUGUCCUUAACCUUCUAUUAAACUUUCACGAGUUCCGAAACAGCUAACCAGCAGGUGAUGUCAUAGAGCAGCACCAGUUGAUUUGUUCUCUGUGAUCACAGCGCUGCUAUAAAUAGUUUGUCUAUGUCAGCGCUUAUAAUAACACUAUCACUAGUACUUGGAUAAUAUUCAGGACUAUUGUUGGUGCUUUUUGGAUAGUUAUUUAGAGGGCUUAAUGGGCAGAAUAGAGGACCUCAUUGACUCCGUUGUGAGCGGACUUUUAUUUGUUUCUUUUCAAAUUGAAAUGCAUUAAAAAAUUAAAACUGUAUUCUGGUAUUUCAUAAUGAUUGUGAAUUAUAGGCAAAAUUCCCCCCCAAAUGGUCCGUUCCCCUUUAAAGGGGUGAUGGUGAAUACUGUGAGAGACUACUGUGGACCUAAAUAAUGGUCUGUUACUUGGCAAGUACUUUAAGCACCUUGUUGGUUGCGGCUGUUCUGUGUGGGAUAUUGUGCAAAAAGUGAGAAGUAUUUUUGGGUCACUUAUAAGCUUUGUUAUGAAAAAAAUUAUACCCCUAUCGUGUUACAUUACAAUGGAUCACCUACCUGUUCACGAUUUGCAGUUUGCAUCCCUGCAUAUUUAUGGAUUUAUUUUAUCUGCUUUAAAUUGUGAACAUUUUUAGUGGAAAUUUAAAUAGAAAUUGGGUUGAUGGCGCUAUCUGCUGGGGGGAAAAGAGUGCUGCUAAUAUGAAUACAGCAGAGGGCGCCGUCUCACUAGUCAAUUGACUCAACAAUUUCUGGCAAGUAGAUGCUUUGACCAGACAUGAUGUUGCUAACACCCCUUUUUUUUUCCGUACAGUACUAUGUCAUUGUUUAUUAAUGUGAUAAACUGAAUUGGAAAUGUGUUGAAUAACUCCGACAAUGUUAUCCAGCUUUCAUCGCGUGAGGGACUUUGUCAAAAAGAAAGCAGAAGUGAUCUGUUUGUGUUUUAUUUAUGACGGGCGGCAUUUAAAGUGUUCUUUAUUUACAAAAAAAAAAAAAAACAUUCAAACAUUGUAUUAAUUUUUUCAAUGCUUUAAUUUGUCAUUAAAUAGAUUCAUAAUGUCUUAGCUGAACGGUUGUAAAAAAAAAAAUACAAAGAGUUUAAGCAACUAUUCUUUGACUCUUUGGUGGGAUACUUGUUGGGCCCCCUGCUCUAGAGCAGUGGUCCCCAACAUAGCUGCGGACCGGUCAACGCUUGAUAAUUUGUCCCGCGGCCUGGUAGGGGGGGAAUUUUAUUUUAUUUUAUUUUUUUGUCGUGAAAAAGGGAGGUUUUUUAGGUUGGUGAACUAAUUGUAAGUGUAUCUUGUGUUUUUUAUGUUGAUUUAAUAAAAAAUAUAUAUAAUUAAAAAAAAUUAUGUGGCCCGGUACCAAAUCGAGCCCAAUGAAUCACACAUGUGCAUUUUUGGGGCUUUUUAUACAGCAGUUUGCCAUUCACAGAGGGCCUGGGAAUGUAACCCCAUAAACAGCAGGGAUCUGUGCUAUAUGGUCUUCAGUGUGGCAUUUCUGUGUUGUGGCGACUUAACUGCCUGCAACGUUUGUGCAAUGGUGCUCAUGUUGCUACAAAACAGUCCAGUUUGAACCUUAUUUGGUUUCAUGCAAACCUUAUAGACACGAUGGUUUGAUUUCCAUCAUGAAAUACUCCAGUGUUCUCUUGAACUGUUGACAAAAGACUGUUUUGGUCAAGAAAUACAAUAUAUAAAUAUGAAUGUAAAAAAAUUACAUAAACUUUAACCAAAUAACCUACUGUAGAUUAUUAAAUCACUUAAAAUCACUGAUUCAUGCUGACCUUUUUUUUUUUUCAAAAACUUAAAUUAUUUUAUGAAUGCUCUAAAAGAUAAUUUAAUUGAAGUUGAUGUCCCUAUUGGAUACCAACACUGCUCUCUAGUGGUGAUAGGGGGUUUAAUCACUUGGCAGUGCAAACAAACAAGAGGUUGUGUAAAACAUGAAAGGUGUUGUCAGAUUUGCUGAAUGCUAAUGUUGGCCCUGCGAUGAGGUGGCGACUUGUCCAGGGUGUACCCCGCCUUCCGCCCGAUUGUAGCUGAGAUAGGCGCCAGCGCCCCCCGCGACCCCGAAAGGGAAUAAGCGGUAGAAAAUGGAUGGAUGGAUAAUUCUGAAUUAUUCAUAUUUAUUUGCUGCUUUUCCAUUAAUGAUGAACGAGAAACCGUUUUUGAAGCCAGUGCAGCAAGAAGUGGAUCAUAUUUUGCCAACAUAGUGUUUCAUAUUUAUGUCCUAAUUUCUCUUUCUUGAUGACUUAACUGAUUAUUGCUUAUAUGAUCAUGUGACCCCCCCCCCCCCCCCCCCCCCACACACACACCCCUUAUAUAAUGUACAUCUGCUAAAAAUGUAUUUGGAUUGUUCUAACAUUUUGUAUUAUUUGUACUUUUUACUGGUAUUACUGCUGUUAUUAACAUCUUUUAUUUCAUGAAAUCCUUUGCCUGUGUUUCUGACAAACGUGUGAAUUUUUAAUCAUUAGUCACGUUUUGUCUGUCUUAUGCUGUGAAGUUGUGAUUUUGCACUUGAUUGUGUUGUAUGUUGUCAUUAAAAAGAAGUAAAGUUGUAGCCA